AAAAGAAGAAUACGCAUGCGCAACACUCCGGAAGUGAUGUACUGGCGGCAAACGUGUACCACUGUUGACACGGAUUGUGGCCGCGAACCAUAACUAUAACUUUUUUUUAGCUGCUUCUCAUGAGUAAUGAGUUUUUUACAUUAGUUAUCCACCCUUUCAAACAGCUAGGCUAGUUUUUAAACGCGACAUCAUGCAGACAACUAUAACUAUAAACGGAGUGACGGUGCAGUUUCCUUUCAUUCCCUAUGAGUGUCAGAGGGAUUACAUGGGGAAAGUCAUUGAAUGUCUUCAGAGGGGUGUUAAUGGAGUUUUGGAGAGUCCUACGGGCACUGGGAAAACAUUGUGCCUGCUAUGUGCCACCUUGGCUUGGAGGGAUCAUUUCAAAGACACUAUCUCUGCACAGAAAAUAAUAGAAAGGCUGAAUGGGAAGGAGAUGUUCCCUAGUAAUCCUCUCUCAUCUUGGGGGCAAGCUAACGCAGAUGGUUCAACACCAUCGCAUCACAGUGAUGUUCCCAAGAUCAUAUACGCAUCACGAACACACUCUCAGCUCACCCAAGUUGUUAAUGAGUUAAAGAACACUUCAUACAAACCUAAGGUGUGUAUUUUGGGGUCAAGAGAACAGCUGUGCAUCAAUCCAGAAGUGAUGCGUCAGGAAAGCAACCAUGUCAAAGUCCACAUGUGUCGAGGAAAGGUAUCGACAAGGUCAUGUGUGUUCUACAACAAUGUUGAAGAGAAAAGCACCGAUACAGAAUUGGUGAAUAAUAUUGUGGACAUUGAAGACCUGGUCAAGUUUGGCAACAAACAAAGGGCCUGCCCUUAUUACCUCUCACGUGCCUUAAAGCAGCAGGCAGAUGUGAUUUUUAUGCCCUAUAACUACCUGCUGGAUCCAAAGACCCGCAGAGCUCAUAGCAUCGAACUGACUGGAUCUGUUGUCAUUUUUGAUGAAGCUCAUAACAUAGAGAAGACCUGCGAAGAGUCAACAUCGUUCGAUAUGACGCCGUAUGACGUAGCCUCGGCUAUUAAUGCGUUGACCAGAUUGCUAGGUGACCAGGCUAAAGAAGCCGACCUUGGAGAGUCUUCUUUUCAAGGUUUAAAAACGGACAUACAAACUGUUGUUAAAAUCAAAGAGAUUUUGCUAAAUCUGGAAGCAGUUCUUGAUUCAUUUGAAGUUCCAGCUGACAAAGGCAUAACAAAACCUGGAAUCUUCAUAUAUGAGCUAUUGGAGAGAGCCACGUUGAACUACAACAACAAGAGUACUGUGUUUGAAGCGCUGGAGCAGAUCAUUGGAUACUUAGCAGGACAAACGGGGAUAUUUCUCAAUACGAGUGGACUACAGAAGCUUGCAGAUAUUAUACAGUUGGUGUUCUCUGGGGAAGUCUUAUCAUCAGCAUCAGACCAGCAAAAGAAAAUGGAAGCUAAUACAGCUCAGUUUAAGGUUCACAUCCAUCAAGACACCAGUUCUCAGAAAAAACAAAACAAUGAUCCGUGGGCUUCAUCUUCGACAAAGAAAGCAGGAAACAUUCUGAGUUACUGGUGUUUUUCCCCGGGCUUCAGCAUGCAGGAUCUGGUGAAUCAAGGUGUUCGAUGCAUCAUUCUGACCAGCGGUACACUUUCUCCUCUGGAUUCCUUUACCGCAGAGAUGAGGAUAACUUUUCCAGUGUCUUUGGAAAACAGCCAUGUGAUUGAGCGGGACCAAAUCUUUGUCAGCGUCAUUGAACGGGGCCCAGAUGGGGUGCUGUUAAGUUCAGCAUUUGACAGAAGAUUUGUCCCUGAAAACCUCUCAUCCUUAGGAAAUACAGUGGUAAACCUGACUCGCAUUGUACCACAUGGACUUCUGUUGUUUUUUCCCUCCUUUUUUUUAAUGGAAAAAACUCUGGAGUUCUGGAGAGACAAAGGACAUGCAGAUCGCAUCGAAAGUGUAAAGCCAAUGUUUAUUGAACCUAAAGGGAAAGGAACCUUUACUGAGGCUAUUGGGAGUUACUACACUGCAGUUAAUGACUCAAAAUCCAGAGGUGGAAUCUUUUCAGCAGUGUGUCGAGGAAAGGCUAGUGAGGGUCUGGAUUUUGCCAAUACAUUUGGUCGUGGUGUCGUAAUCACUGGACUCCCCUUUCCGCCAAAAAUGGAUCCUCGAGUCGUCUUGAAGAUGCAGUUCUUAGAUGAAAUGAACCAAAGGAAAAUCCCUGGCAUGAAGUUCCUUUCAGGGUGGGAGUGGUACAAAGAGCAGGCUUUCAGAGCUGUCAACCAGGCCAUUGGAAGAGUCAUUCGCCACAAGGAUGACUACGGCGCCAUCUUUCUGUGUGAUCAGAGGUUUAAAAAUAAAGAUGCCCAGUUGCACCUUCCAUCAUGGGUGAGACCUUAUGUUCGUCACUAUGACAACUUUGGGAACAUAGUCCGUGACGUGUGCCAGUUCUUCAGGGUUGCACAGAAAAUGAGGCCUUUCUUGCAAAAGGAUCCUGUACCUGAAGCUGCUUCAAUGUGUUCAGCAAGCAAUUCUCAGUUACCAUUUCCACAGUCCUCCAGCUCCAGUUCUAACUUGGCCUCUCGAAGCUCCUACACUCAAAAGGCCAAAAUGUUGGACACACACACUUCCACUCUUAAAAGGAGGAGAACCGAUGAGGAUACUGGAGUUGCAAGUAUUUUUAAACAAUACCAGUCUCAGACAACAAAAACUAAGAUGAAAUCAGGCAAUCUGUUUGAUGCCUUGGAGCGAGUUGAGAACCGAAGAGAAACGAAUAGUGCUUUGGGAGAUCACACGCCAAGCAAUUUGUCCACACAGUCACUUCAAUACGACAAAAGAAUGGAUGAGAUGAUGCGUGGAGGGAAACGCAAAAUAAAAUUGGUCCAAGGACAGCAGCCAAGUGUUUCUGUGGGUGUUUCUGGAGAUGAGAAAUCCAGAACCGCUAGGAAGUUCCUGGAAGAAAUGAAGUCAUCCCUGAGCCAAGUCAACUUUGAGAAAAUCCGCCUGGCUUUGCAUUCCUACAAGAAAAACGACAACCUGGACACCCUGCUGUCAGAGACGUCUUUGUUAACCGAUGACCCUCAUACUUAUAGUUUGCUCCGUGGUUUGUACCUGUUCGUACGGCCACAUCACAGGAAGAGAUUUGAUGAGAAAUGCCAGGAACUGACCGGUACUGGCUGUGGAUACAAACCUGAACACUCACUGGGCAAAGACGAGAAGAUAUCCGGGAUGCCAAGCAAUGAUGUGGAAGCCAGUGGAGUUUCAGCAUCCAGUUCUGCUGUAGCAACAACUAGCACUCAAUCAAAUGGAGAGAAACCCAAUCAAGGAGGGCCUAAAAAAACUCAGACUGGCGCUUGUGCAACGAGAUACGUCCAGGCUUCCUUUCUGAUCGAUGUUAAAAGAGCGCUGGGCCCAGAGGGAUCAGCGCAGCUCUGUCAAGCUGUCUACAGCUACAAGGCGACGGACAACUAUGAAAAUAUGGUGGCUGCGGCCGUGUCCUUAUUCACUGACAAAGAUGAAAACUUCAGCCUUUUAAUGAGAUUUGCUCAUAUUAUCCGCCCUCACCAUAAGGAGCAGUACAAAGCGAUGUUGAGAGAAUUGAUGGGUCGGUCUCCUGAAACUGCUGCUGAGAAAAACGACAACAACGAAUCAAAGUGAUUUCACAGAUUUUUUUAAAUAUAUAUUUUUUAAAGAUAUAAUACAUGAAUGUAUAUAUGUUUUUCCU